GGAAAACAUGCGACGGACUCAAAGAUGGAGACACACGUUCCCCAUGUGAUUUCAGAGGAAAAUGAAGAUCCAGGAGCCGCUCCUUAUGGAAACUUCAUCAAUUAUUACAGCUUCAACCCACCAGAGAAUCGCCUAGGUUUGAUACCAGAAGCGCUGCUUGAAAACAUCGGAUUCGGUUCUGACUGUGAACGUGUUUUAAUGCUGGAUGUGGGAUGUAACUCAGGGGACUUGUCCGUUGCUCUGUACAAGCAUUUUCUGCAUGAGGAGGCCUCUGGAAGCGACUCUCCAAAAAGUGAACUGUAUCUGCUUGGAUUUGACCUGGACCAAGAUUUAAUCCUUCGUGCACAAAACUCCAACCCCUUUCCCCUGAAUAUCCAGUUCAUCCCCCUGGAUAUCACGGAUGAUCAAAAGAGCCAGACAGUGCUAGAGUCAUAUUUGGGAAAGUUUGGCUGCCCCCGUUUCCACCUGUGCACCUGUUUUGCGGUGACUAUGUGGGUGCAUCUGAAUCACGGAGACGCUGCGUUUCUGUCUCUCCUCUCCAGACUGGCGUCUCUCUGUGAGUAUCUGCUGCUGGAGGCGCAGCCGUGGAAGUGUUACCGCUCCGCUGCACGCCGCUUACGCAAACUGGGCCGCAGCGACUUUGAACACUUCAAGACCCUUGAGAUUCGUGGGGACAUGGCUGCGCAUGCUAGAGAGCACUUGGAAAAGCAGUGCAGCAUGGAGCUGGUGCAGAGUUUCGGUAAUACAACAUGGGACAGAAGUCUUCUCCUCUUCAGAAGACGAUAAUAAAGAGCAACACAGUCAGAUUGAUUUUAAAUAUCUAUCAAUCCACAGUCAUCUGUAUAUGCUGACUGACGCUCUCUGUAAUUCUAGUUACUGAACACAAGGGGGCACUAGUGAUUUUUGCUUUUGCCAUGAGUUUAAUGUUUUUUUAUUUUUUGUAUGUCUGAUAUACAGUGGCAAUUAAGACUUGGAUAAUUAAGUUAGCUUAAAAAUAGUUAUUUUAGCAUAAAUACUUUAAUUUAAUAAACGCUAUACUCGACA